GCAAUAUCAGUGAGAGAGUGACAAUUUGCAGUCUCAUGCGCAUUCUCUCUAUCAAUCCAGAUCCUAAAUAUCUCAUCAAAUUUUAAACCCAUUUCAUAAAAAUGGGAGUGAGAGGUGGUGAAUCGGGUUCCUGUACACUGAGUUUAUGGUUGGCUCCAAACCCGAGCAAGAGAUGGGGCGAUCUUUUCUUUCUCUACUAUACUCCUUUCUGGCUUUUUCUCUGUUUGGGCAUUGUUGUUCCCUACAAGCUUUAUGAGAGUUUUACGGAGUUGGAGUAUUUGCUUCUAGCUAUGAUUUCAGCUGUUCCCUCUUUCUUAAUUCCAGUUCUGUUUGUUGGAAAGGCCGAUAGAGACUUGAAAUUUAAGGACCGUUAUUGGGUAAAGGCUAGCCUUUGGAUAAUCAUUUUCAGCUACGUCGGUAAUUACUUUUGGACGCAUUACUUCUUUACAGUUUUGGGAGCUUCUUAUACAUUUCCAUCGUGGAAGAUGAAUGAUGUACCACACACAACUUUCCUUUUAAGUCAUGUAUGCUUCCUGUUUUACCAUGUCGCCUCAAAUAUGACACUUCGCAGACUACGGCAUGCUAUUGCUGACUUGCCCGAAAAACUUCAGUGGGCUAUCGAGUCAGCAUGGAUCUUGGCUCUUGCAUAUUUCAUAGCGUACCUGGAGACUUUAGCCAUCUCUAGUUUCCCUUAUUAUGAGUUUGUUGACCGAUCUUCAAUGUAUAAAGUCGGAUCCUUAUUUUAUGCCAUGUACUUCAUGGUAAGCUUCCCAAUGUUUCUGAGGAUCGACGAGAAACCUGGCGAUUUAUGGGACUUACCAAGAGUAACUGUAGAUGCUCUAGGUGCAGCAAUGCUGGUAACCAUACUACUCGAUUUAUGGCGCAUCUUCCUCGGACCUGUCGUUCCAAUGCCAGAUACAAAACAAUGCUCUCAACCUGCCGGACUGCCCUGGAUUCAUACACCAGCCAAUGGAACUUAGGGCGCCUUCGAUAUGUUUUGAGGUAUGAAACGACAAUUUGGUAUGACAUCAAUGCCAAUGGGAAUAGAAGAGAAUGGAACAUGUAUAUUCUGAAAUUUUGUCUGGCUGUAUGUAUAAGAAAUAAAAAUAGAAAUGGAAGUAUGUUUAUAAUUAAUUAAUUUAUUAAAUUAUUUUUUCAA